UACAUUGAUUUUCAACACGCUGUCACACUAUUGACAGCAAUUGGCACGACAUCGGAACAUCGGACAGGCAACGCCGGUCGCCAAUAUCGAUAGCUCGAUAGCGCAAUUAGCGAUGGGACAACAUCGAUAGGAAUAUAAAGUGGCAACUCCGGUCGCCAACAUCGAUAACUCGAUCAUGGUGGGUAUCGGUAGAGUUGCCAGGGAUGAGAAGCGAUGAGAAGGCGGGAAAUUUAAAUGCGGAGCUGGUGACCAGAAGCCGGCGGCAACAAAUACAGAAAGCUGGAGAAGGGCGCGAGGAUCGAGAUGCCGAGUCGAGAUGUCGAACGACAGGGUCUACUAGGCUGAGGCUGUCGGGCUGAGAUCAAGGAGGCGCAGGUCGACGUAAGGAGUAAGGAACGACACAGUUCGAGGAUCAAGAUGCCACGUCGAGAUGCUGAAAGACAGGGUCGAAUAGGCUGAGACAUAAAGGCUGCGAUCAGGAAGGCGCAAGGAUGUUCAAGAUCCCAAGUCAGUGUUCGCCUAUUGCAUAAGUUUGUUUUCGAAUGCGACGGCGAUCGAGAUAACCGAAAGCGAUUGCGAUUUGAUGCUACAUAUUUUCCGAAAUUUGCGCAAUGGAAAUUUGCUUAAGGACGCUGAUAAAGAGGACGACGAAGACGACGAAAUUGACGAAGAUGAAGUUGAAAAGAACGAGAAUGUCGAGCCGUCGAAAAGUUCGAGCGAUGAAGAAGAAGAGUUUCGAUCAGUGCAAAGCAAAACACGCAAACAAACGAAUGUGAGAACACCAUGGAGAAUUCUACAGUGGCGUCCGAAAAUAACGAUUGCGCUCCUACCAAAGGUUUCGGCAUGAGUGCGGCAAGAUUUUCAGUUAACUUUCGAGAUAUUGAAGACUCAAUCAGACCAUUUAGUGGAGACGAAAACCUUCCAGUUGAAGUUUUGGUUGACGAUUUUGAAGAAAUGGCUUCUAUUAUGUAUUGGGAUGACCUGCAAAAAUUCAUUUUCGCGAAAAGGUCUCUCAAGGGUCUCGCUAAAAUGUACAUAAUGAGUGAACGUGGUAUUAAGUGUUGGCAAAUGUUGAAGAAAGCCUUGAUCGAAGAUCUCAAAGCCGAAGUGAAUGGUGCUCAGAUACACAAAUUGUUGGCCGAAAGAAAAAUGAAAAAUAUAAGAACGUUUAAGAAUAUCUGCUAAAAAUGAAAGAAGUUGCUUCUCGUGGCAGUGUAGACAAUAGUGCACUUAUGCAAUACGUGAUCGAUGGCAUUAAUGAUUUGAGUGUGAACAAAUCUAUAUUGUACAAUGCUAAGGAAAUGAAAGAGCUCAAAGAAAAAUUGAAGUGGUACGAGAAAAUACGUUCGAAAUGCGGAAAAUCUAAAAAUUAUGAUGAGAAGUUUAAGCAUCCGAUUCCUAAAGACGCUGGUGCUCAGAAAGACUCAGUCAUGCAAAAAAAGUUACAUUGCUACAAUUGUGGUGAGGUGGGACAUACCUCUAAUCAGUGUGCUAAUCGGAGUAAUGGUCGGAAAUCUUUCAACUGUAAUAAUUUUGGACAUAUAUCAAAAGACUGUCCUGAAAGCAAAAAAGAAACGGUUGCAAAUCCGAGCAAUACGCGUAAAGUUUCCGAGGAUAAAUUGUCGAUGCUUAAAGAAAUUUAUAUGAAGCAGAAGAAGUUUAAAGCACUACUCGACACUGGCAGCAAAUACAACAUCAUAAGUGAAACAACGUACUUAAAAUUGAAUAAGCCAAAACUGAGCGCUGCAAACAUAUUUCUCGCUGGUUUCGGAAAUAAUAACAAAGUGAAACCAUUCGGUUCAUUUAAAGAAGAAUUCGAGGAUGACAGUCAAAAAUUUCAAGAAAACUUUUUGGUGGUUUCAUCAGACUUUUUGGACGUAGACGUUGUGUUGGUCGCAGAAUUUUGUAACAACGCUAAAACUCAAAUUAAUCAUGACUCUCAAACCGAAAGAAGUUCGCUUUUGAAGAUAACCGUUGAAAGUGCCAAAAAAUUUAAGACGAAGACGAAAACAACCAAUGUCGAGAUGCGUAUCAUUUUUAAAGACGACACUCCUGUGCAUUCGUGUCCGCGUAGAAUGGCAUUUUCCGAGAAAUGCAUAAUCGACGAUCAAAUCGAACAAUAGCUGAAAGACGGAGUAAUCGAGCAGUCCGAGUCUGAGUCCAGCAGUCCGAUCGUAUUAGUAAAGAAACGAGACGACUUUGCAUCGAUUAUAAAAGGAUUAAUAAGGUAAAAGUAAGAGAUCUUUUUCCUCUUCCCCAGAUUGAAGAUCAACUGGACCGUCUGCAAAACGCUCAAAUAUUCAGCACUCUUGAUCUCAAAAACGGAUUAUUUCACGUCAACGUCAAUACAGAAAGCCGCAAGUUCACGUCGUUUGUAACUCACAAUGGCCAGUACCAGUUCCGGAAAGUCCCUUUUGGUCUCACAAAUUCUCCAGGCGUAUUUCAAAGGCACGUAAACGCAAUCUUUCGUGAUGUGACGCGUUCUGGUAUUGCGAUUCCAUAUGUCGACGACAUCAUAGUUCCAGCUAAAGACGAACGUGAAGCAGUAUCCAAUCUCAAGAUAGUCAUUAAGCGCUGCGAAGAGUAUGGCUUGGUGAUCAAUCUAAAAAAAUGUUGUUUCUUGAAGAAGAAAAUCGAGUUUCUAGGCCAUGUAAUAGAGAAUCAGAAGAUCAGUAUCUCAGACGAAAAGACGAAAUCUGUAACGAAGUUUCCUACUCCGACAAACCACAAGCAACUGCAAAGCUUCCUGGGUCUGGUUGGAUUAUUUCGAAAGUUUAUAUUGAACUUUUCAAUCAUCGCCAAGCCGUUGAAAGAUCUGAUGAAACACGACGCCAAGUUUUGCUUUACUGAUAGAGAGAUUGCCGCUUUUAACAUGCUUAAGACUUUGAUUACCCAGAAGCCAGUACUCAAGAUUUUUCAUCCGCAGCACGAAACGGAACUACACACAGAUGCAUUGAUUAACGGUUUCGAAGCAGUUCUUCUCCAGAAGUCACCUGAGGAUAACCAGAUUCACCAUGUUUACUAUAUGAGUAAAAAGACGACGGUUGGAGAUUCUGGCAGUAGUUGAAGCUUUUCGUAAGUUUAGAGUCUAUCUUUUGGGUAUGCACUUUAAGCUGAGAAGCGACUGCAACGCCUUUGCGAAAACGAUGGAAAAAAGGGAAGUCUGCUCCAGAGUCGCACGUUGGAUUCUCGAACUUCAAGAGUUUGACUUUGACGUCGAUGCUGAUGCUUUAAGCCGAUAUCCUGUAAUGGUGAUCUGACGAAAGCUUGCAUAUUAAAUUGAAAUAUGUUCAAUCGCAGGACGAGGAAUUAAAAGCCUCACAAAAAUUUAUUUUUAAAAGCAGGUCUUCUUUACAAACUGGUCAACGAUCAGUUAAUAGUUGUGCCAUUAACCCUCCAACGCGAAAUUAUUCGACAAGCAUAUGAUUUUUCAUGUGCAUUUCAUGGACAUUUUUCCGUAAAGAAAACCAAAGAAAUCGUCGCAAAGCCAUACAUUCCAAAACUCGAGGACAAGAUCAUACGGCAGAUUAGAUGUUGCAUUCCGUGUAUUAUAUCCAACAGAAAGCUUGGCAACAAAGGAGAGUUGCACACGGAGGAAGAUCAGCCACUUCAAACGUUUCACAUCGAUUUUUUGGGACCUCUUGAAUCGACUCAUAAGGCGUACAAGCACAUUCUAGCUGUCAUUGACGGAUUCACGAAAUUCUGUUGGCUGUAUCCUACAAAAUCUACAUCAUCCAAGGACGUUAUCGCAAGACUGGAGGCACAGAGAAAAAAUUUUUGGGAACCCUGUUCAAAUAAUCUCCGAUCGAGGCACAGGAUUCACGUCUCACGAAUUUAAGCAGUAUUGCGAGAACGAGAAUAUUGAACUUCAUGUAGUAACGACUGGACUUUCCAGAGCAAACGGGCAAAAAGAACGCCUAAAUGCUUAAUUUUACGUACUGCAGGAGUACACAUACGACUCCAUUUGAGUUUCUUGUAGGCGUCAAGAUGCGCACUAAAAUAGACGUCCAGCUUAGGUAAAUGAUCCAGCAAGAGUUUAUACAAAUGUUCCAGGAACAUCGUGACGAGAUACGCCAGAUUGCCAAGAAACAAAUCCUUGGUCUGCAGAACGAAAAUAGGCAUACCUAUAAUCUGAGACGUAAACCAGCAUUGACAUACAAAGUAGGCGAUCAUGUAGCUAUCAAACGCACUCAACUUGGUGGUGGACUUAAGCUAAAGCCGAAGUAUUUGGGGUCGAGAUAUACUACCUCUUGUGCAGAAUAUAUGAAGCCAUGGAUUCAAAUAUCUUCCGAGGACGUCAAUGAUCCAUUCGGGACGAAUGUUUAGAAGGAUGGCCGAGUUGUGGAAAUGGGUCUGGCAUCACUGUUCAGCCGAACACACCAUAGAUGAGUUGUGACGACGAAACGAGAUUGACGAGGAGGUGAAAAGCGAGGAGUUGAAAUCGAGAGAGAACGCUGAGAAGACUUAAAAAACUACGACGAAGAUAUAUCAAACGAUGUUAAAUUCUGCUCAAACUUACAUUAUAUUCUAAAGUAUCUUAUUCAAGCUAUACUUAGCACUAUUUUCAGUAAUAAAACUUUUAAAAAACAA